UGCACACUUGAUUAAUCAUCAACAACCCAGAGGGAGGGACUUGCGGAUGAUCAUCAAAAUACUGUUUUGGAAAUGGCUCUGAAAAUAUUUAUCGACUUCUUGUCGCAGCCGUCACGAUCUGUUGUGCUCUUUGCAAAAUUAAAUAAUAUCCCUUUCGUACUUAAGGAAACAUCAAUUGCGAAAGGUGCACACCAGACAGAUGAGUUUGCAGCAAUUAAUCCAUUUAAAAAGGUACCAGCAAUCCAAGAUGGUGAUUUUAAUCUCAGUGAAAGCGUGGCUAUACUAAGAUACCUUAUAAGCACUUACAAGACACCAGACCACUGGUACCCUGCCGACGUCAAGAAGCGUGCUAAGGUGGAUGAAUACCUGGCUUGGCAGCAUCUUAACACAAGAAUGACUUGCGCAAAAGUUUUCUGGACAGAGUACUUGAUUCCAAGGAUGACCGGGAGCCCAGUAAACACCAGUAAACUGGAGAGCAACCUGUCAGCCAUGAACCAAUCAUUUACUGACAUUGAAGAUGUCUUCCUCAAAGACCAACAGUACUUGUGUGGUGAUGACAUCACAAUUGCUGACAUCAUGGGAGUAUCAGAGGUACUUCAGGUAACUGGCUCAGGUCGCGACCCGGCAGAAAAUCAUCCUAAGCUUGGUGCAUGGGUGGAGAGAGUGCAGAAAAGAUUAAAUCCAGAAUUCGAUGAGGUGUUCAAAAUCCUUUUCAAAAUACGCGAUAAAUCAAGAGCAAGAUCCAAAUUAUAAAAUCUAACUUGGGUUUGAUGAUGAUGACAAUGAUGAUGGUGAUGAUGAGUAAAUAAUUCAGUAUGGUUUUGAACUUUAACAUAUUUCUAUUUUCAAAAAAGUAUCAAAUAUGUAUAUAAUUAUGUUGUACCUUAAGUGUGAUCAAAAUAAAAUUAAAGCGAUAAGAGGUC